UUGCUAAUUAUAAAAAAAAACCAACAUUUAAAAGAAGCCCAUGGAUCUGAAUCUGGGUGGCCAAAAAAAGAUGAAACAAUGACAAAAGUCCGCCUGGCUAAACUUGAAUCUGGAAGACCAAAAAAAACUAAAUUAGGCAUAAAAACAAUAGCAGAAGAAAUUUGCCCAGCUAAACAUGGACCUGGAAGACCAAAAAAAACUAAAACAUUGACAAAAAAGCAAAAAACUAAAUAA